AUGAAAACGAAUGAAAUCAAGCCUGAUGAAGAAGAUUCAUUUGCUGAAGAGUUUGCUAUUAAAUGGGAACGUCAAGUACGCUUGGAAUCUGAUAAAUCUGUCAGUGGGGGCUUAGCUUUCCGUUUAGCUGGAAGCAAAACACAUGGUGUAUUCGUUCAGUACGUGAAUCAGAAGUCAAAACAGUCAGAAAUUCUCUACAAAGGUGAUCGAAUACUGGAAGUCAAUGGUGUGGACGUUAGACGCUGGACGUGUGAUCAAAUUGCUAACAUAUUACGCUUAGUUGUACAAAACAAAGGCUAUGUUCUGUUGCAAGUAAUUCACAUUUUUCACGUAGGCGUCAGUCGUCAGCUGCACAACAGAAAAGGAGUGAUCUAUGAAAUUACCAAAGAUGCAAAUAGUAAUUUGCAAUAUUGUUAUCCUUCACGCGACCUGACUUAUAGCUACAAUAGUAGCCUUCCGGCGUCUACUUCUGAUACGACUGAUUUGAGCCAGCAAAAAAUUUAUGAGAAGACCGGAACAUGUACUGUGCAUUAUCGUCAAAAGGUAUCGUCAAGAAAAUCCAUGCAUUUUAGUUGCUACAAUCAGAACGAUGAACAGCAAUAUUCAUCUUGUCAUCAGCAAAAGUAA